AUGGUGAAAACUACCAUCAUCGCUAGAAUCUCAGAUGGGCUUCCCUUGGCUGCCAGCAUGGAUGAUGAGCAGAUUGAGAUGGAGUUAACUGACUACAAGAAUCAGGCAAAAGCUAUAUUCAAGAGACUUAACAUCAACUCUGAGCCGAGAUGUUCCAUAGAAUCAGGCAAAUAUGUGUUUCACUAUAUAAUUGAAGGAAGUGUUUGCUAUCUUUGUAUCUGUGACAAGUCAUAUCCUCGGAAGCUUGCUUUCAGUUAUCUGGAAGAAUUGGCCAAGGAAUUUAAUAUGAGUUAUGGUAACGAGGUUGAAAAACCUGGUUUGAGGCCUUAUGCCUUUGUCAAAUUUGAUACAUUUAUGCAAAAGACAAAAAGAAUUUAUCAAGACACACGAACUCAAAGCAAUUUAACAAAAUUGAACGAGGAUUUGCAAGAUGUAACACGUAUCAUGACAAAAAAUAUGGAAGAUUUAUUAUGGCGAGGAGACAGUCUUGACCGUAUGAGUACUAUUUCAGGCGAAUUAAAGGAUAGUGCAAAGUUAUUUAAAGACAAAGCACGUCAUUUAAACUUGCAAGCCUUAUAUCGUAAAUACGGUCCACCUGUCAUUAUUGCUUCUGUCAUAUUAUUCGUACUCAUCAUUCGCUAUUACUGGUUCUAA